AUGGCCCCUAUUCUGAGACUUGACACUUGUCUAUAUCGACUUUUUCAAAAGAGCAAUCUUCUCAUCCACGAAGAUCCGUCAGGUAAAAAUGUUCUCUCGGCUGGCAUAGAGGGUGGAACGGCUGCCUUGACCGCAAAUCAGGGAAAGAAAUUGAAUGACGUACUUAGUCAGAUCAUCAACCUCUGCAAUGAAAAUAUCAGCGAGGUUGCGAAUCAAUACGACGCUGUGUGGAGUGAGCGUGAAAACUGGAUUGAAUAUGCUCGAAGCCAGAAAAUAAAUGGUGUAGACCAGGCCUCUGAAAAUAUCAAGAAAUUCACUCAUGAAGUAUUGCCCGACGCACCUGGUGAUGCUCCCCUUGGUGACCCGAUGACAUCAUCCAUUCCACAGUCAAACGGCGAGUAUGAUGAAAAUAAUCAUUCAAUUAAGGACGAAAUGGAUGACUCCAUUGGCAUCCCCCCGUCAACAGGUGACCAGAGUCUGAAGUAUGAUAAAGACAACCGUUCAAUUGAGGAUGAAUGGUUUAAGCAUCAUGACGCCCUUAGGAUCAAGGGAGAUGCCAAGGAGACUAUCAUUCUUUUCGAGAAAAUAUUUAAAUACAAAGGGGGGUCUAAAUCACACUACGGCGUACAAAGGAGAAUUGGGGCUGGAGCGCAGAAUGAUCAUAACAGCGGCGACUCGAAAUCCCGUUAG